CCCCCUCCCCGUUCCGCACCCGCGGAGCAGCCCCCGCCGCGCCCCGGCAACGGCGGCGUCCCUGGCGACCGGCGGCGGCGGCAGGCAUCCCAGCUGGAAAACAUGGUGGUGACUCCUGCUCUCAAGCAAUUUUCAUCUUUCUUGUCCUGAAGGAGAAGUGGAUCUUGAGCAGGAUGCAGCAGCCAGUGGCUGGUGACAGGAGCACAGCCAUUCCCUGGCUGUAUCCAUCCCAGACCAGCCUCACUUCUGACUCGUACCGUAUGCACCGCAUCAUCGAGGAUCCCGAGUGGUCCCUUGCCACUGUCCCCCACCUCACUGAACUCUGCCUCCAGCACAUUGUCCAGAAUUUCGAAAAGAACCCUAUUUUGAACCAUCUUCUGCCUGAACACCAAAAGAAGGUGCUGGACAGGCUUUCCACUGGCCUUCCACUCACUGUGACUGCCAACCUAAUAAGUGAUGAGGACUACUGGAAGAGGUGCUGCACUGAACGAUGGCAAGUGUGUGACAUCUCCAGCUAUGGAGAGAGCUGGAAACGGAUGUUUUUUGAACGUCACCUGGAGAACGUCCUGAAAUGUUUCAUCCCUAACUCCACAGACCCUAACCAGGUCCUAGAGCUCAUCCCACUCUGCAAAGACUAUGUGCGGAAACUGGAGGUUGAUCAGUUCCUGCCACCAGUGAAGGUGGAUCAAAUGGAGGAGAGUGAUACAGACAGUGAUACUGGGCUCAGUGAUGUCCCCAUGCAUCACUACGACCUUGGAGUCCUCAUUACUGCUCUCCCUCACCUUGAGGAGCUUCAUCUCACUUAUGGUGUGAAGGACUGUGGCAUGAACUUUGAGUGGAAACUCUUUAACUUUACCUAUCAGGACUGCUGCAACUUGGCUGUCGCCGUGAGGAUGUGCCACAACUUGAAAGUUUUCAAGUUGACGCGCAGCAACGUGGAUGAUGAGAAGACCAGGCUGCUGGUCCGUAACUUGCUGGAUCACCCCAGCUUGGUGGAGCUGAACCUUUCCCACAAUCUCAUCAGGGACAAGGGGGCAAAAGAUGUUGGCACGUUGAUCACCCGCAGCAGAUUAGAAAUCCUCAAUCUGUGUAACAACCAGAUUGGUCACCUAGGGGCUCAGGCUCUUGCCCAUGUCCUGGCCAAGAACUCCACCCUCAUCUCCCUGAAUCUGCGCCUCAAUCAUGUGGAGGACAAAGGUGGGGAGGCGAUUGGUCAGGCCCUGCUGACCAACACCACCCUGAAGUCCAUCCAUCUGGGAAGUAACAACCUGUCAGAGGGAACCGCUAAGCUUUUCUCCCAGGUCCUGGCUCAGAAUGCCACCCUGACAAGCAUCAAUUUCUCAUGCAACAACCUGGGGCUGGAUGGUGGGAAGCAGCUGCUUGAUGGGCUGGCAAAUAACAAGGUUUUGACCGAGUUUGACCUCCGCCUGGCAGAGGUGGGCCAGGAGAUCGAGUACCUUAUUCACCAAAUUGUGUGGGCCAACCAGGAAGCAGAAAGCCUGGAGACUCUGCAGCAACCCCCUGCCAGCCCCCUCUGAAGAAAACACUCCAGAGAGCAAUGAGCUUUGCAGGUUCAGUGUUGGGGAUACUUUACUUCAGAGACUUGUAUUUAUUUGUAUUUCUGAGCAACACUCAAUCUGUGGCCACCACCACAGCCCUUCCCAGAUUCCCAUCAUCCUACUUGUGACUUAACACCAGACAGAUGUUUCAUCUCAUGGGACAGUAGUGGCACCACAGAAGCAAUCUGCCUCUUGAACGCUCUCUCCCACUGCACCUGAAACUAAAUCCCACCUCCUGUAAUGUUUCUUAUGUGCUCUGGCAGCAAGCCCAGUUUGGGCAGCUGCAUGUUGUUCCACCUGUAAAGCAGCCAAGGUGAAGUCUCCACCAUCUAAAUGGUCUAAGUCCAGACCUAACCUUCAGGGCAGGCAGCUCAUUAAGGCUUUUUGCUGAGGAGGGCUUGAGACACGUAGAGAAUAGAGGGAAUGUUGCUUCUAGUUCCUGUGCAGCUUUUUCUGGCUGUUGCUCUGCUCAAGGAUUUAUUCAUUUUUAUAGCAAAAUUUCUCAGGAGUUUCAGAUUUGGGUGGUGAAAAGUAGGAAAAAAUAUAUUUAAAUAAAUGAUGGGUCUCUCCACCAUGGUUUCCUGCUUUGGGUUGCUAUGCCUUUGAUCAGCGCUAGCCUGCUUUGCAGAGACAAAUUCUUUUCAAUCAGAUGCUUACCUCAACUAGUAGUGCUCUUCUGUGCAAACCUGUCAAAAAACAAUCUGUUUCACAUAACUGCAAGCUAGAGGGGUCCCUGCAGGACUGCUGGCUUGCACAGCCCACAGGGUUGAAAAUGCAGCAGCUUCCUUGGGCUUGGAGGAAAAUGGAGCAGCUUCCUUCUGCCCCAUGGGCUUGUGGCCACUUGAGAACAGGACAGAGCACAUACCUGACUGCCUUGGUCCUUUGACAGCCCCACUCAGGAGAGGUCAGUGAGGAAUUAAGC